UAUUAUCUUGAUACUCAUCCACCCUCUGGGCUCGACACAGUACAUUCUCAUUUUGCUUCCGCAACUCGGAACUUCAAGCACUAGGUUAUUACCUCAUUUGUAGCGUUUUCAGCUCAGCGUUCCAGCGGGCGUCACUCUGGCAUCCUUUGCACUACAACACGCUCUCCAACGCCUCGAGGCAGAGCGUCAAGCAAGAUCCCUGGCCAACAUGGGCGACUUACAAUUCGCCAAACAAUUCCUCACGUCUAUAGACAACAAGACCACAAAGUACCAAUCGGACCAUGUCUUUGAUCCCAAAACCUAUCAGAUGAGAAUACCUUACACCUUGCCCAAACUCUCCAAUCCACCGCACCCUCUCCCACCCAAGACGAAACCCGCGCCACCUCCCGCGCCGGGAUCCGAGUCCGCCAGACCGACCGUGUCGGUGACCUUGAAGUCGGCACGGAACCCCAACAUGACAGUCACGUUGCCGUCCGUGGACCCCGGCACGACCACGAUCCAGGGGUUGAAGGAACAGGUCCAGGCGUGCCUGGGCGGGCCGGGUGUGGUGCAGGUGGACAAGAUCAAGCUGUUGCAGAACAAGAAACCGAUCCCACCUUCGAAGAGGCUCUUGACGGACGCGGUGGAAGAAAGGGACCUCAGAGGACACUUGGAGUUGGGCGUCAUGGUCAUGGGCGGUGCUCCGGAUCCGACACCAGAUCAGGUCGCCGCAGCGGUGGCGGCGGUGACCACUAGCAGCACAGGCGGCACGACAGGUGCAUCUGUACAAGACACACCCAUGGAAGGUGUCGAGUCAACGGCUACGGCAAACACACAGUCAACCUCGGGCGCAGGACCAGAACCAGGAGUUCCUGUACGGCCCGGUGAGGCUAGCGCUGAGAGUGUUCUACAGACCACCGAAUUCUGGGAUGAUCUACAAGGAUUUUUGGAACAGAGGAUACGCAAUCAAAGUGACGCUGAGAGGUUAAGGAGCGUUUUCGAGAGCGCAUGGAAAAGUCAUAGUUCAAGACCGUAAAAUGAGAUUAUGGUUUGUGUGUUCAGAUAUCGAAAAGGCGAAAAGGCUUAGAGAUGGAGACGGAAAUGUUCUCAGUUCUUUAUUCUCUUAAGAAUCUGAUUUCUUCUUUCUUCUAUCGACUCCAUUCUGUCCGAAAAGGUCAAAGAAUUUCAGUUUUCCAGUACGACUACCUGCCUGGGUAACCAACUAUUCGUACCCCGACACGAUGUAUCAGGGGGCGUGGAUAUGUACAAGAUGGGAUCACCUUGAUAACAGGUGGGAGAAUGAAAAACAAAACCAAAAUAUGUCUUAUUCAAGCAACUCCUUCAUGUCCCUCGA